AUGGCCAAAGUCGGAAAUGGUUUCCAAGUUGGCUUGAGCUGGAUUCCCAUGAGUGGACGCGAAAUUCCGUGCGGUGCGAUUGAAGUCGACGAUGGCAUUUUCGUGGCAAGAGGAGAGUUAGAUGGAGAAAAGAUCCCCGGCAAAUACGUAGCGCGUUAUCAAACAUGCUACGUGCCGUAUGGCGGGAAGGAGCACGAACUCCAAGAGUGCGAGAUCCUUUGUGACACCAGUGUCGGUUGCGAUGGCUCAUGCUACAAGUGGGUCAGAGAUAGCGAUGGCGAUGUGCCUAAGCAUGCAAUUGUCGCCGGAGUAGCAAAUGAUGGUCAACCUCUCUUCGUUUGCAAGGCGCCAGUGGAGGGAGAAUUGUGCGUAGGAAAGGUUCACAAGGGACACUCGUCAGCCUACAUUCCCUACGGUGGCGAGGAGCACUCGGUUGAGAACUACGAAGUUCUUGUUUUGCGGAAAUAA